CUUAAGAUUGAUCCUGAAGAUUUUGCGUGAGUCGUGGAGAAGAUGCCGCAGGUGGUUAGCCUUCACCAAAACGUGAUCAUGAAGCUGGUCGAGUUCCUCCUCGGAAGGGCUAUAGCACCGCAUGAUGUGGCUAGCAUGGUGGUCAGGUGUCCGCAGUUAGUAGCACUGAGAGUGGAGCUCAUGAAGAACAGUUUUUACUUCUUUAAGAGUGAGAUGGGAAGACCACUGAAAGAGCUUGUAGAGUUCCCUGAAUACUUUACUUACAGUCUGGAGUCUAGGGUCAAACCAAGAUACCAAAGGCUAAAGAGCAAGGGGAUAAGGUGUUCAUUGAAUUGGAUGCUGAAUUGUAGUGACCAGAGAUUUGAAGAGAGGUUGCAGGGUAAUUAUAUUGAGACUGAAAGUAUAGGUCCGACAUUUUUAAUGGGUGGGAAAUUGAACCUGCCAGGGAAUGCAAUUCUUUCAGAUGAGGAAGAGGAGAGUGAUGAUGAAGUACUAUACCGAAGAACUGUUUCUUUAUAGAACAAUUUUUCGUUCUUUUUUUUCCCCGGUUAUAUACUGAUGAAACCAUUAAAAGACAUAGUUGUCAUCUAUUUUGCUCUCAACUUCUAUGCAAAUUAUGUCUUGUUUUGAAUUUUCAAAAUGUAAGAUUUCUUCAU